AUGGGUAACGCAGGAAGUAAUCAACCUAAAGAAUGGCAUAAAGAUAACACUGUUAAGCCUCCCGAUGUAGGACCAUCUUCACCUGCAAAGGAAGGAGAAGCAUUCACAUUUGACAAAAAAGUUGACGACCGCAGUGGUCGAGAAGAUGACAGUAUUAUAGAAGAUGGCGCGCCGUACUAUACAAAGGCAGUGCCAGAAAGUAACUUGGAGUUCGAAACAAGGGAAAGAUCAAACACAUUAACUGAGAACACUAAGGUUGCUGAUGAUGUUAAGGUUCUACCCACUGUAUUUAAAUGGGAAGGUGGAGGCAAACAGGUUUUCAUUAGUGGUACUUUCACUGAUUGGAAAACUAUUCCAAUGGUUAAGUCUCAUGGGGAUUUCGUAACAAUAAUAGAUUUGCCUGAGGGAGAACAUCAGUACAAGUAUUUUGUUGAUGGUGAAUGGAGGCAUGACCCGACAGUGAAAGUUAUAGAUAAUGGGAUGGGAUCAAAAAAUAAUUUGGUCACGGUAAAAUUGUCAGAUUUCGAAGUUUUCCAAGCACUAGCAAAAGACAGUGAAGGAGUUCAUAGUAGUGCACAAACUGAAUAUUCACAGGAAAUACCACAAUCUAAGCCUUGGGAAAAAGUUUCAGGCCCUCCUAUAUUACCACCUCAUCUUUUACAAGUUAUUUUAAAUAAGGAUACACCACUUUCUUGUGAGCCAACAUUACUACCAGAGCCCAAUCAUGUUAUGUUAAAUCAUUUGUAUGCACUUUCAAUUAAAGAUGGGGUCAUGAUGGUGCGGAACUACAAAAGAAAAAAAGAGACCAAAUACACAGAAGAACAGUUGAAUGAAGCAGUUGUAGCUGUUCGCACAAAAAAACUUAACAGCUAUGAUGCAGCACAAAGAUACAAUAUACCGAGAUCUACAAUAAUCUCUAGACUAUAUGGUACUCGAGGAGCUAAAAUGCCCAGAGUUGGAAGACCUAGUAAAAAAUAUUGCACCAAAAAUCAAAAAGUGACAAAGCAUAAAAAGAGAAAAUUUGACAGUGAAUCGAGCUCAUUAACAUCAGAUUGCACUUUUGAAUUAGCAGACAGUGAUAACUCGGAUUAUGAAAAUUUUGAAGACUACAUAGCUGCGUGCUUAAGCGAAGAUGAGGAAAAAGAAAACUACCCAACAGAAAUUAAAUUUGGCUUCUCUGACAUUGAAUAUUUUGCCGAUGAAAAAAAAAAUCAAAAACGAUGA